AUGGCAGCCAAGGAAAGCGCAAUGCGCGAUACACUUUUGAAGAAGAUAGAGUCCUUUCUCGCCAAAAUGGUGCAAACCGUUCGAUAUUACGAAGAACUUCUCUUAGAAGAGGAAAGGGACAUCAAUGCUUACUUAUCUGAGUUACUCUCACUACCAGAAGAAAGCCGAAAACGCGAGUACGAGAUACAAGCCAAACUGCAAAUUAAGAAGAUCCAUGCCGAGAUAGAUGAGUUAAAGCAAAAGAAAAGCGAAAUACCCAGUCGCGUCUUUGAUUUAACCAAACGCAUCGUACCCGAAUCAGAUACUCAAUAUAAGGUAGCCGCCCAACAAGUAGACGAAAUCAUGGCUGCCCAAAGAACCACUUUAGUUAGUGCUAUUAAUCUCUUACUAGCCGGUAUCUUACAAAUGACCAGCAAGCAGCGCGUCUUCUCUCUUUCCACUGAUAUGAAAGAGAAAGAAGACAUACUAGCUCGCCGAUUAGAAACUCUAUCUAACAACACAAUCGCUAGAAUUGAGCAUGUUCAAAAUCCAAAGCUCCUUCCUCCACCGGUUGACAUGAUCAAUCCCCCUGAGAAGGAAGUCAUUGUAGAAGGCACAUCCGCACCAGGCAUGAUCUUUAUCUUAUUUAUUAGUUUAUGCUUUGUCUAUCUCCCCAUUGGACUGAUCUGUUUAGUUAACUUAUUCGGAGCUUGCCAGGUUAAAGCUAUAAUAUCCACUCUUGAAGCACUAAGACCACGGGCCGAGUGGAUAGUAACUAUAAUAUCAGCUCUACCCCUACUGAGUAGUAUGAUCUUCCUAAACCUUAUUUGCACCAUGCUCUGCAACAAAACCUACUACGCCAAACGUCCAAUCUGGGGAUCUUUACUACUAACUUUCAUCCAGGUAGCUUCACUCGUAUCUCUACCCGUUGGUGAGUACUAUCUUUUGCGCGGGUUUAUUAAACGCUGGGCAACUAGUACUUAUGGUCUUGUGUAUCUCUUUUUCAUCUAUCUCUUCACAACCGUACUAGUCGGCUUCUGUUCCUCAGUCUAUCGCAAGUCCGCUGAUGGCAUGGGCUCAGUCGUGCACUUUCUCUUCUCCGGCGCCCGCACUAUCUGCUUUGCCGCCAUACUUUACCUAUUUGUCCUCGUGACUGCCACCGCCGGUCUGAUUGUUAAAACCCACUUCUUGAAAACCCCCACUACUAUUAUAAACACCGCCGCCGAAUUAUUUGAGCAACUCGGUCGCUAG